AAAACCGUUUCACGGUAUUCGGCCAUAUCAUCAAAGAUUUCUUCAGUAAUUUGCGUUCGAUUUUUGGAUAUUCUAUAAUCCGAGUUGGUCGGUACUUUCCGACAACGUUAAAAUGGCAGACAGUGAUCCCUCCUUCGGAACGAAAAGGAAACUGAAUGUAGAAGAAAACAACAACAACAACGAUUUUCCAUUAGACAAAAGUGGUAUCGAUGUACCGGACAAUUCAACCAAAUCAACGAAACUCGGCUCUCAGUUGAGCACUUGGUUUGACAGGUGCAAAUUAACGAAAACGUCUUCGCCAAAAUCUAAAGCGCAUACAAAGGCUCAGUGCUGGUCACCCGAUGUAGGUCCGAAAAUCGCCUCAAGCGGUUGGCAUUUUCGCAAAAAUCUUUUCGUCAACAACGCCGUACCCGGCAGGGUGAAAUGUCUCUCAGAAUCCGACAUUUUGAUACCCACCCCAACGGAUAGUUCGAACAAUCUUCAAACCGAACUAUGCGUCACGGUAUUGGAUAGGUCAAAGUCAAUGGGUGAAAAAUUCCCAAGCGACAUUCAACGUCCGGACACAAUAUCCAACGAUGAUUCCGGCGUCGCCGAAUCAUCGGAAGAUCAACAGGAUCCUCAAAGCAUGUCUUCCGUCAAAGAUCAGACGGGAGAGAAAUCAUUGGAAGAAAUUGCCUCCGAUGUAACGCCGACGAAAAAAGAGAAAUCAUUCGUCGAAAUGACAAAGGAAUACGAGGUGGCGUCAGAAGCUGUCGAGGAGCCAGUCGCCGAUUCGAAAAUAUUUGAAGAAGAAAAGAUCUUCGAUUAUUCCGAACUGAAAGAAUCAUACUGGUCAAACGCGAAGUCAUCGGGUAUCGAAAAACCCUCCAAAUGUCAGGAUCCAAGCUGCAGUUUUAUCGGAGAGCUAGAAAAGCAGGAACAUCCGAAAUCAUCGGACGUAGAAGAAUCGUGCAUCGAAAAAUUGUCUAAAAUAAGCGAAACCAUAAAAAAAGCACGAAAAGUAUUGGCCCAGGCUAUGACGGAAGGACAACUUUCCUGCGACGACACGGUUUGCGAGAAACCUUGCGCAAAAAACAAGGAAGAGGCGGAAGAUAGUUCGUCUCCAGUAGUGGUGCGUUUAUCGCCUCCGCACGAAACUAAAUCACUCGAAACCGAUCAGUCGGAAGCUGCCCGCAUAAGACAAGUUCCAGGUGUGCCAUUCCCGCCAUCGCACAAGUUAACCGUCGCAGAAGUAUUCGAUUCACGAACAGGUAAACCACGGCCGGACAUCCUCAAACAGCAUUUUAUUCUCGAAGGACGAAUCGACGAAGCUGCGGCAUUACGAAUUGUAACCGAUGGCGCGAGUCUACUUCGUUCGGAAAAAACUAUGAUCGACAUAGAAGCCCCGGUAACAGUAUGCGGGGAUAUUCACGGCCAGUUUUACGAUUUGAUGAAACUAUUCGAAGUUGGCGGACCGCCCGCGUCUACGAAAUACCUUUUCCUCGGUGAUUACGUGGACAGAGGUUACUUCAGUAUUGAGUGUGUAUUGUACCUGUGGGCGCUAAAAUUGUGCCAUCCAACUACACUGUUUCUCCUCAGAGGAAAUCACGAAUGCCGGCAUCUCACGGAAUAUUUCACAUUCAAACAGGAAUGUAAAAUAAAAUACUCGGAAAGAGUGUACGACGCAUGUAUGGAUGCAUUCGAUUGUCUGCCAUUGGCCGCGCUAAUGAACCAACAGUUUCUAUGCGUUCACGGUGGACUUUCGCCAGAAAUUCACAAUCUAGAAGACAUACGCAAAUUGGACAGGUUCAAAGAACCACCAGCGUUCGGUCCCAUGUGCGACCUCCUCUGGUCGGAUCCCCUAGAAGAUUUUGGCAAUGAAAAAAACGCCGAACACUUUUCUCACAACAGCGUAAGGGGCUGCUCGUAUUUUUACAGCUACGCGGCCUGUUGCGAUUUUCUACAGAACAACAACCUGUUGAGUAUCAUAAGGGCGCACGAGGCGCAAGACGCCGGAUACCGUAUGUACCGUAAAUCGCAAACGACAGGUUUUCCAUCACUAAUAACAAUCUUCAGCGCACCAAAUUAUCUGGACGUGUACAACAAUAAAGCAGCUGUGCUCAAAUACGAGAACAACGUGAUGAAUAUCAGGCAAUUUAAUUGCUCGCCUCAUCCGUACUGGUUACCAAAUUUCAUGGACGUCUUUACGUGGUCCUUACCGUUCGUCGGUGAAAAAGUAACGGAAAUGUUGGUUAACGUUCUAAACAUUUGCUCGGACGACGAGCUUAUGAACGACGGCGAUGAUGCCCUAGAGGAAGUAGCAGCAAAAAUCGUAAUUAAAAAAAAAAAUGGCACAGCAGCUAAUCUCCGCAAGGAAGUAAUCAGAAAUAAAAUCAGGGCGAUUGGAAAAAUGGCUCGAGUAUUCUCUGUACUUAGGGAGGAAAGCGAAAGCGUCCUGCAGCUCAAAGGACUCACGCCGACCGGGGCGCUACCACUGGGCGCAUUGUCGGGCGGAAAAACGUCUCUCAAGAAUGCGUUACAAGGUUUCUCGCCGAACCACAAGAUCACGUCGUUCGCCGAAGCUAAGGGUCUGGACGCGAUAAACGAGAGAAUGCCACCCCGAAAAGACGCCCCGCCAACGCCUGCGGCCGAAGAGAAGCCCGUCAUACAACCACCAGCGGGUCCGAGUGACAAGCGUGACGCCGCAGCGGCGCAACCCCAUUCGUGAGCCUCAAACUCGUCCGACUGAGGUGACAACAAGUGUGGGACUCGUGUCCCUUAGUGGUCGCCACACAACAACAAGCAUUGCUCGUCUCUCCCUAGCUGAUAGAAUAUAGAAAGAAAAAGAGGAUGAAUAAGUAAAUGAAAGAUGAGGAAAAAUUAAAAAAAAUUGAAAGAAGUCUUAGUAGAAGAGGAUGAAAAAGAAGGAGAAGAAGAAGGUUCAUCGAGUCAGUCGUCAUCGAGUCGCGUAAAGGAUGGUCAUUAAUUAAAUCAUUGCCAAUCAUCAAUGCAUCACCUCGGCAUCACACCACCGCAUAUACAUUACAUAUUAUUAUAUUACACUAUACUAAAAAAAAAAAAAAUAUAUAUAUACACAUACUAUACGCAACAUACAUACAUUAUACUAUAAUAAUACAGAAGAAAAAAGUAUGGAAGAAGAUAAAAAUAAUAUACAACUCACAUAUAAGAAUAUUAUUGAUAAAACGAAUACAAGAAAAAAGAAAAAAAAGUUGAAAAGAAACAAUACAAAACAAACAAACAACAAGUGAAGACAAAGAAAUAUGAAGAUAAAUAUAAUAAUAUUAAUAAAUAACAACAAUAAUGAUAAUAUUAAUAAUAAUAAGAAAAUAAUACGAACCACACACGAGCCCCGCGUACCUAACAUAAAAUGAAAGAAGCAAAAACAAGCAAAAGAAUAAUAAUAAUAAUAAUAAUAAUAAUAAUAAUAAUAAAUGUAAUAAAUUAAUAAAAUGAAAUGGGAUGAAAUGAAUGAAUAAAAAAACAGAGAAAAAAAAUAAUAAUCAACUAUGGAUAUAUGCAGCUGAUAAAGCGUGUCGCAAAACCAACAGCUGGUCUGUUCGUAUAUGCGACGAGACUAGUGUUAUAGUGAUAUGGUUAAUCGACAGAAAUUUAUUAAAUAUGAUGGUGUCGUAAACUAAUCGCAUUUGAUUGAGGAAUCGCUGUCAUAUUUUUAAUAAAAUUUUUAUCGUUUCCUAUAGCUAUUUAAUAAUAAAAAUUGUCUGGUUAGGGUAUUAAGAUUCUUGGCACGCCACCCGAUCGCAUAGGUAUAUUAUAUAUAUAUAAAUAAUUAUAUAUAUACAUAUAAAAAACAAAGUAACGAAUGAAUAAAAGUAAAUUUAAAUAAAUGGAAGAAUAAAUAAAUUGAGGGAAACAACAAAAAUUUUUUGGCCAAUGGGAUAUCGUCGAGGGGACAAAUUUUUAAAUUAAGUCGAGCAUAAGCGUAGGCUAAUUGUAAUUUAAAUAAAUAAAUAUCUAUACAUAUGAAUAAAUAACUACACAGAAAAUGAAGUUAACAAUGGAGGUAAAUAAUUGAUUGAUUAAAUUAAUUAACCACUAAGAAAAGAAGAAGAAAACGGAGAAAAAGAAAUAACUAAAAACAAUACGAAUGUUAACCUAAGAUACAUAUAUGUACAAACAUGUAUAAUAUGUAUUAUAUCAAUAUAUGAACAUACAUAUUGAUAUCUACAUCGCACAAUAUAUUAUUGUGCGAUUCGCAAACGGUUUAUAUGCUUACAUACGAAUAUAUAUCAGUAUUGUUAUACUAUGGAUGAAAUCUCGUUGAGAGCGGAAAUUGAAUAAAUUUACAGUUUUUCCACAUUAUACUGAAAACAAGAUAUUAAAAAAAAGAUCAAUUCAUUACACACAAGGUGUGGGAAUUAGGUAUGUAUCCCCUUUGUUUCAUUUGUCAUUUUAUUUAUUUACUUUGGUUUUUUUAUAGUCGGAAGGAUUUUUUUAUUUUUUUUUUUCUCUCGUUUCAUUUUCUACAUUUCCCUUCGUUCCCACACUUUGAUGAUUGGUUGAAGUAAAAUUAUUAUCAUUACAUUAUCCAUUAUUAUUUUAAUUUCCUCUUAUUCCGAUUAAUUGAUUGAUCGAAUGACUUAGAGACGCACCCCGACGUUAAGCAUGAAGUUAUACAAGAAAUCUCGAGAAAGUGACAAUUUAAAUGGUAUAGAGACAAGAUCUAAUAAUAUAAUAUAAGCCAUGACAUGAGUCCCCUCGGCGACAUCCCGCUCCUCCGAUCUGGUGCGUGGGUUAUUACAUAAAGCUAACCGUGAAAAAAAGUAACAAGAGAAAAAAAUACACAAAAAACUUAUUCAAACAAAAACGUGUUGAGAAAAAAUGGAAAACUAAGGGAUAAUUAUACGAAGAGAGAAAACAAAGAGAAGUAAACGAACUAAUUGAGAGAACUAAAAGAGCGGAGCAUAGGAGCGAGAAUAAGAGAAAAAUGGUUGGUAAGAAAUGGGGGAUAAGGAAACAUUUUCAUGGUAAUCCAAUAAAGAUUAUUACAAAAGUAUAAUCAAAUACAAAAAUGAAAGAAAGAAAGGGAAAAAUCUUAAUUGUAAUGAUUUAAGAAAUAACCGAUAAAACAUAAUAAUUAUAAUAAUAUUAAUAUAAAUAAUAAUAAUUAUAAUAAUAACAAUAAUUAAAAUAGCAUUAUCUAUUGAUAAAGUAAUGAUAAUAAAAAUAACAACAACAAUAACAACAAUAAUAAUAAUAAUUAUAAUAAUUAUAAUUAUAACGAGUAAUAAUAUUAAUGAUCGUUUAACAUCUAAUGGGGUUGAACUUAUAUGAUUUCAAUGUGUGUUCUUGCUACCUAUCAGAAAUGAAAAUUAUUAACAAUGAAUAAAUAAAACCGGGCCGCAAAAACUGCGAACGCUCACUUUUUGGACUUGACAGUGAUUUUCUCUAUGAUUUUUAAUGUUACUUUCACCCACCUACCUACCUACUUAACUAAAUCUAUCUCGUCGAUAUGAUCGAUGAAUGAAGUUGGAGAUGAACGGAAAACAGACAGGGGAUAAUCAAAGAAACUCGUUAAAAUGCGUUGUAUGAACUAUACUGUAAUUUAAUAUCUUCACCAUGGAUCAGUGAAACUCAAUCGCACAUUGAUCGAUUUCAAAGGGGGAUACGUUAAACUGACUUCAUACUCGUGAAAAUCGGUAAUACCCGUUAUAUUCACAAAAUUUCGUUUCAUUUAUUACUCCUGUCCCAUUAUUUUCCAAAGUGUUGUUCCAUUUAACAAUCAUUGACGGUAAAACCAUUAUAAUAAUUUUAAUUAAAUCCAUCAAGUUCAUUUAACUUGUUUUGUGUUUCAAAUCUUCUUAUUUCAAACAAAUUGUGCGUAAUUGCAUGUAUUUCACAUAACAACCAAGUGUAAAACAUAUAUCACGUGCGUGAGGAAAAAAAAGGACAUCAAUUAGUAGAAAAAGCCACUUUCAAGACAAAUACGGCAAAAUAUGUAUAAAUUCAUAUCGUUCGGAAACAUACAAAUUGAAAUAACGACGACAAAUC